GGACGACAAAGCCAGCACGUCGACCAAUCCACCUUUCAUCACGCAAUGGAGAGCAAUGGUUCAACUUCGAAGCUAAGGGGACAGCCAGUGGGGCUUGCCAAAGAGGUGACACGCAGCUUGCCAGCAAGCCCUCCAGCGAAAUCCUUGGCUUCGGACCUUCGUCAAUUCUCUACGACGCUGCAGGAGUCCCCGGACUUGGACAUGAGCGCGACGUCGGCCUCUUGUAGCAACCUGACGAGCGUGAACAGGGGAGAGCCAAGUCGACGAGGCCCAGGUGCAAGCAGGGAGCUGUUUGCCAUCAACCAGUUGCGUGGCCAAUUUGAGAGCCAGCGCCGGCGUCUCUCCCAGUUGGAGCGACGCAUGGAGGUUCAGCUGGAGGAUCGCCUCCAGGGCAAGGGCGACGUUCGCGAGCGCUGGGCAGAGACACAGGGGACGGUCACUGGUCUCCUAGAAGAUGUUCAGUGCUUGAGGCAGCGGCUGGAUGUGUUGGACCAGCGGCGCAUCGAGCCAAAGGAUACAGACAAGCGUUUCAAUGAGCUUGCCGCGCAAAUCCAAGCGCUCGAGCACCAGGGCCGCCUGUCUCAAGCGGCCUGGGACGAGUCGCAGCGGCGUCAAGCGGCGCGGCAGCGGCGCUGGGAACAAAACCUGGAGGAGCUGCAUACCCGAAUCGCCGCUGGAGAAAUGGCGAACCGUGGAAGCAGGUCCAACUUGGCGUUGCCGGAGCACUUCGAGGCGCGCGUGCGGAAGCUGGAGCAGCGCCAGGACUACUCCGAGUCAGCCCUGACCACCUUGCAGAUGCAGGUCCAAGAAGGUCUCCAAGCGGUGAACCUGACAGGAGAUGAAGAUGAGUCCAUGUCGGAACGUGGACUGAUGGCCUUGGAGCGCAAGACCUCCGGCCAGAUCCAGGACCUCUCUUCUGCGGUUGCCGGCCUUCGUGUUCGCGUGGAUGGACAGCUCCAGCGGAUGGGUAGCCUGGCCGAGCGCCUGGAGGCCGAGCGCUCGGCCUCGCCCAAGGGCUUGGCGCUGCUGCGCGGAGAGUUGGCACAGCAGGUGCAGGAGCAGCAGCAAUACGUGACAGAAAUGGCUGUCCUGCGCAGCAAGAUGCAGGACUUUGCUGAGUGCUACGACGACAGCCUGGCCGACAUCAAGGAGGUUGUACGAAAGGCUAGAGCAGAGCUGGCAACGCUUCAGGCUUUGCCAUCGCAGGUACAAGCAAUGCAGGCGGAGCUCGCUUGCGUGCUGGGACAGGUGCCUCAGGUGCCUUACGGCAGUGAGAUGCUGCAGCUGUCCCAACUUCAAGCGGAACAAGGCCAACUCAUCCCUCUUGAAGGCUUGGUGCCGGAUGCAAACACUCAGCCCAGCACCACCUGCUAUGAGGUUCAAAGUAAUUCCAGUGAAGAGCUCUUCCACUAUCCUCCUGGGCUCGAAGUGAACGGGACCCUGGGUGAUGUGCAGGCGUUUUACGGCGAGGGUCCCGCGGACUCGGACUCGGACGAUUCUAUGGCCGGGCACCUGGCCCCCCCGGAGACGGCGCCGGAGCUCCAUCUGCUCGCAGGCCACUUGCUGGCUGCGGAUGCGCUGGCUGCCAGAGUGGUGGAAUUGGAGCGCUACGCUGGUCAAAGCAAUGCGGAAGGCCCCAUGAGCACGCCGGAGACUCUGAGCCCGCUGCAGGUGAAGUUGUACCGGCUGAGCAAUGAAGUUGGGGAACUGCAGGCGCGGCUUCUCUCCUUGCGGCUCCAAAGAGAGCUUCAGGCAGAAGCCAUGCUGGCUGAGGAGAUGUCGGACAGUGCUUUAGACUUGCAUGGCCAAGCCCAAGACCUCCGUCACCUCGAGGAGCAGGUCGUUGAAUUGGAGCAGGCCUUCUUGCCAGACCAGGAGCCAGAGUUGCUGGAGGAUCAUGGAGGGGAAGACACAGGUCUGGCGGAGCUGGCUGAGAGGCUGGAGCCGCUGGAACGGGCCUUUCGGCUCGUGGCGGAGCGGCUCAAGAGCUUGAGCCCGCACGAGUUCCUACCGUCUCUGGUGAAUGGCCAUGGUGGAGGGCUGGAGCAACUGCUGGCGAAGGUGGACAACCUCGAGCUCAGCCCGGAGUUGGAGGAGAAGUUGAGGCAGAUUGAUGCGAGGGAAGAGCAGGACGUCGCCAAAGCUGCGACGAACCACGUCCAAGAUGUUCAGACCUUGGCCAGACAGGUGUCGACGUACGAAGAGGACCUUGCCAAUGUGAAGCUUCAAACCAAUGGCAUCACCAAGGAAGUGGAGAGCCUCCGCGCAGAUGUGGAGGAUCUGCAAGCCUUGAUGCGCAAGGCAACCUCUGUUGAUGGUUCAAGCGUGUCUCCUUUGACGAAGGCACGUGGCAAGCUGGAUUUGCUGUGUGCACAGAUGGCCGAGCUUCAGUCACGGAUGAGGGACGCAGGUCCCCAACAACAGAAGUACUACCAGGAGCGCUGUUCAGCCACCCGAGGUGAGGAUGAGCCUGAGGUCGGACCAGGUCCGCGCACGGCAGGCUUUGGUGGAUCGCCCUUGCGCGCUCAGAUGUGAAGCCUUGCGAAAUGUCUGGUUCACGGGGCCCUGGGGAAGAUCGCGUGGUGAUGCUUUCGGCACGAAAGGCCAAC